AUGUCAACAUCUGAUAUACAGCUACUCAGCGACGACGGCAAAGUCGGCCAUAAGUCACCUGAUGUCACCAUCGGCUAUCCAGACCGAGUCUGUCCGCAGGUCGUCUUCGAGGUCGCGUACAACCAGGAUCGUGGGGCGCUAGAGCGUCUGGCAUGGGACUACAUCAUGGGCUCGUCGCACUAUAUCCGUUGUGUCUUGGGCUUGACUCCGGACUAUCUACAAUAUGACUCGCCAUUUUCCCCUUCUCCUGCUCACAAUGCGAGAGCUAGCGUGUGGCGCUCGCUUGUCGAGAUUGAAGACUAUUUGGAGAAUAUGCAUGUCAAACAAGAAACCAAAGAUCAACACCUUGGAGAAUGCAAUCCGGACCGUGCGAUAGCGGUACUCUCUUUACGGGAUCUUCUGGACGUCGCGACGCCGGAAGAGAAAGCUACAGCGCCUGGUAUCGAUUUCAAAAUUGUCGUUGCUUCUGGAGAGAUGAUUGACAUCCUCACGAGCGCAGAGCUUUGCCUAGAGAGAUCACGUAAACAACGUGAGUACCUUCUCCUGGAGAGCCAGAAUCACAACUGCAUUUGGCGGAAGCAACAUAGCACGCCUGAUGAAGACAAGCGAAAUACACAACAUUCCAAGCGAUGA